GGCUCGCCGGGUCUUCACUGCUGUUUCUCCUGCUGUCCACCAUCACCAUCACCACCAGCGCUGCGACCAGAGGGCAGUCUAGCAGCAGGGCUUCCUUCUGUUCUGCUUCCUAAACAUGUUUCGAAACCCAUGGAUCUCUAGUUACCAUGUGAAUCAUGUGCAACCAACCUGUGGCCAAGGAUUCGGAUCUAAAGCUGCCACCAAACUUUGCAGCUCAACCUCGUUGCCAACAGACGCCUUAAGUUUUCAGAGUGACUUCUCCUUGAAUGACAAGACCACCUUGGUCAAGAGUGUUUCAGAUACAGAUGCCAAACUUCUGGUCGUCCUUCCUAAAGUUUCAGAGUUGAAGAAAUACUUUGAGGGAACUGUCACAAAAGAUUCAGGAAUGAACAGAAAGGAGAGGAUAGCCCGACGUCUGGAGGGAAUUGAAAGUGACGCACCACCCGCACUGGUGCCCGGUGGUUUGGUCGCUAACAGGAUGCUGGAGGAGGAUCCUCCGCGGUACACCCGCGCCUCAGACCCCUGUGAGCCUUGUGUGAUGGUGAGGCGCUACAGUCGAGAGGAGCUGGAGGCACCACAGAAGCAGGUGUCGUCUCCAGACAGGUCAUCUCAGGCCAAAGGUGGUGUUGGCGGCAGCCGUGCAGAGCCAGUGUUGGUGUAUGUUGACCCAGUGACAUUAACCACCUCGUCGACACCCACAUCUGGCCCUUCAGAAUCCACCAGCCUCAGCUCGAAGGCCGAACGCAUCGCCCGCUACAAAGCUGAGCGCCGUCGCCAGUUGUCAGAGCGUUAUGGCAUCCUGCUUGAUCAGGAAGUGGACAUCGAUUACACGCCACGCUACCGUUCCAGGCGUGAUCCGGACGCCUCUGACCGACAAACCGCUGCCAGGCCAGAGAGGUCGGAAGCAGAAGCACCAGGACAGGAGCCCAGGGUGCCGUAUCGCUCUGGAGUGGGUAGGGUUUACAUGAGGACUCACCCAGACACUGCACCUGAUAGCACAACAGGCCCCGCCCACUCAAAUCAAGCUCCUCCCUCCACUCAUGAAAGAUCGAGUAGAUUUUCGGAGCGGGAAAGAGCGAUGAACAUGGAGAAUUAUCGGCGUAGGGGAGCUCAAGAGCGCUCAGUCGCCUCUAGAAGCAGGACACAAGAGCAGCAUCCGCCACAGCCCCAACAACAACAACAACAACAUCACCACCAGGAUGCUGCCCACAAGGAGCCCAGCCCAGCCUCCAGCAGGGACUACAGCAUCGCAGCAGUGCCCAGCUCUCCUCGCACCGCCCGCCGAGCAUCACUACCAUCCACUCGCUACGGCAUCUCACCUGGGGAUUUAUUCAUCGAGCAGCAGGCCCAGAGCAUCCUCAACAGGCAGGGCCUGGCCGCCCUGUCAAAGAGCGACUGGUCUCUCAACACAGACUCAGAGAGUGACACUCAGACAGACUUCAGCUGGCCUUCCAGAAUCCGAGUAAGGGAACGGUUGUCCAGGGAUGAAACUGCCCAGAGGCCCCCUGACUGGAGUCCAGACAGGCACCAAGCUAACAGACACCGUACUCAUGGCAGCACUGCUCAGUAUACACCACAACAUUCAGAACCCAUCAAACAAAGGACUGUUCCCCAGCCUCAGCCCAGCCCAGGCCACCAUCCUGCCCAUGGGCAAGCAGUCUACCCUCCCUCCACCUCUGACUACCAACACUCAGGCCCAGCCGUGGACUCUCAGCCCUAUUUGGCCAUGACUGCCCCAACUGCCAAACCUUCUGAACCUCCUGAGGUACAACCACGAAGGAGAGUGAGUGCCGACCAAAUCUAUGCUGCCCAUAGGGAGGCAAGAGUGGAGGCCAGGCAGGCUCUAAAGGAAGAGGCUCAUACAGAAGGCCUGCUAAAGAGCAGGAAAGCUGUGUUGCCCUCAGAGAUUCGCCGGAGAGAAAAAAGCGUAGAUGACAUUCAUAGGGGCAGACAUGAAGACAUGGACUGGCAAAGCAACAGCCCAGAACGAAGGAGGACGAGUCGAAGUGAGGAAGACUGGGAUCAGGAGAGACCAAGGGAAAGAGGGAGGGAAAGAAAUGUUGAAAGGAUCAGAGAAAGGGGUCAAGAGCAUCUCUCCAGCCAUGAAAGCCAAGAGGAGAGGAUAUUUAGAUCUGUGCAACCUUCUCAAGCCUCUGUACGCCAGCAGCCAAGGCAACAUCAAUCCUCAGAGCCCCUGCACCAUCAAGAGCCCCAGAUUCAGUUGCAAGAGCCCCCAGCACAACAACAGUAUGAACCUAGAAGGAGACAACAUGCUGCUCAGAUUCAACAGCAAGAUCCUCAAAGGCAGCAUCAGUACGAGCACUCGAGACAGCCGCAGGAGAGUCAGAGACAACAGCAGUCUCAAAGACAGCAGGAGUAUGAGCUGCAAAGACAAGGGCAUCAAAGUCAGCAGCAAGAGUCCCAGAAAAAACAACAACAGCUCCAACUAGAUGAAGAGUCUGAGGUUCAGAGGCAGCAGCAGGCUGAAUCUGGGCACCAGAGGUUUGACUCAGCCAUCUACCUCCAGAAGGGCUCCUCUUUGCCUCAGGCCAAACACAGAAGCCUGGAGAUGAGCGGAGGGCCCAAACCCAAGAUACGAACCCGCUCCAUGUCAGAUAUCGGUGUGAGCCAGCACUCUGCCGUGUAUCGUAUGGAGAGGGCAGCGGCCAGCAGAGACGCAUCCAGGACUGUCCUUCCGCCAGGGAUGGCUAACGGGGAGAUGGGAACCCUGGACACAAGGGUGUCAGUAGCACAGCUGCGACACUCUUAUCUGGAGAAUGCCAACCGGAAGCCUGAGUUUGAGACUACUAAAGUAGAUCUCUCAGCUAUGGAGGUAGAUCCAGUUAGCAGCAGCGACCGGGACAGGGGUGCUCGGAGGCCUCGGCGCUACAUCACUCCAGGAGACAGUCGCAUGUCGGAGAGGUUUAGGACCCAGCCCAUCACCUCUGCAGAGCGUUUGGAGUCUGAUAGGUCCCGUCUCAGCCCAUCACAGCUACAGGAUCCUGAGGCAGAUGAGGAAAAACUGGACGAUAGAGCCAAGAUGAGUGUGGCAGCGAAGAGAUCUCUCUUCAGGGAACUGGAAAGGACAUCAGACGGAGGCGUUCCCAAACCACGUUCAAGAAAUGCUGCUGUAGAAAGACGUCUUAGAAGAGUUCAGGACCGUGCACACACACAACCCGUCACCAACCGGGAGGUGGUCAACGCUUCAAGUGAUCCUGCCACAUCGUCACAAUCUGUGGGAGUCCUCAUUACUAGCCCCACAGUAGCCAGCACCAGUGUGACUAGCAUCAGCAUUCAGGCCUCCUCUCAGCCAGACUCAGCAGUCCAGGAUCAGGAGAAGGAAGCCCAGGAUCACCAGAGACCAGCUCAAGCCUCAAGCUCUGGGGCUGAGUUUGACAGCCUGGGCCUUGUCUCGGAUGAGCCCGACCUGUCCACGCUCAGUUUGUCUGAGAAGAUGGCCUUAUUCAACCGUCUCGCCCACACUACGGGUAAAACAGCCGAGGGGGCUCGAGGUGACACCCGCCAGCGCCGAGCCAACACCCGUUUUCAGACUCAACCAAUCACCCAGGGAGAAGUGGAGCAGGAAGCUGAGCCGUCAGCAACUUCUGCAGUGUGUAACGGUGACUUAGAGGCCAAUCAGGGAGAACAUCUGAAAAAUGGAGGCGAGAUCAAACUGGAGCCCCUGUCAGCCUCCCUGGUUCGAUCGGUGGCAGCCGUCACCUCCCAGGCCUCCGUUACCACAGUAACCAUGGCGCCAAGCAGCAGCGGAGGCGGCGACGAUGGUGAUGGUCUCCGUCUAGGGAAGUCCACCGCCGCCCCCUACAUCCCUGCCCAACAACAGGCUUCCAGUGGCGCAGGCUUCCACCAGGAGAGGGCGCUGAGGUAUUUCUCCAUGACCCAGAGCGGGGACCCAGGCCACCCCGAGCCCGAGCCCAACUCCUCCCCUCUCCUCAUUGAGAGCCGAGAGAGAGCGGGGGCCCCUCCUGCUCCCACCUCCUCCGGCGGUCACAGGCAGCAGGGGGAGGUGGCGGCGGCGGCGGCGGCGGCGGCGGCGGCAGAGGAGGAGGUUAGGGGGAGACAGCAGGGAGGAGCCAGAGAAGACAGCCAAGGCGGCAGCAUUAAGGGGAAGCCACACUCGGACAACAGGCAGCAGCAUCCCCAGCCUCAGCACUCCGCCGAGCCUUCGUCGUGGAGGGGCGAGUCUGAGCCGCUGCCCAGCUGGAGAGACUCCCAGGAGAGCCGGGAGAGAGCAGAGGGAGGUGGGAGAGGAAGAGGGAGCUACCUGAGAGAGGCUGCAGCAGCUCACGGCGCCUCCACACAGGAGCAGGAGAGGAGCAGCGGCUGGAGCCAGGCUGGCAUCACAGACUUGCCGGAUCAUCCAGCGCCACUGAGGCCACUCAUCGCUAAAGUAUCGUCCAGGACAGUGUCCCACGUUUCAAGCAGCCAGCAGCAGCAGCAGCAGCAAACUGUCAGCCAGCCUCCUCAGACUCUUCCUAAACCCUUGACGCAGCAACAGCCUCCUCCAACCCAACCCAAACCUCCGUCAUACAUCCAGCCCCAGCCCUACUCCCAGCCCCCACCGACGUAUCCCAAACCUUUCACCCACUCCCCACAGACCCAACCCAAACCUCAGGGAUUCAUCCAGUCUCUCCCUAAGCCUUACCCCCAGACAGGCCCCCAGCCUCAACCCAAACCCCUGGUGCCUCCACAGACACCCCCAAAACCUCAGUCCUUCCCCCAGGCGCUGGUCAAGUCUCAGUCCCUGCCGCUGGACCACAGCGAGGACUUCAGCAAGCACAGUGUCCAUUCUGGAGAUCUGCUGUCCCCAACGGAGUCCGGAGACCAACUGUCUGACGGCAUGUCCACCAAACAGAUGUCCAUCAAGGAGAGAGUGGCACUGCUUAAGAAGAGUGGCGAGGAGGACUGGAGGAACAGGAUUAACAAGAAGCAGGAGGUGGUUAAAGUGGCGUCCACUGAGCAGCAGGCUCAGCUAUGGGAGACGGAGCAGACCUCCGAGAAGAAGGAGGAAGGGGUGGUCGCUCAGGACUACUCCACUGUGUCUGUGUCUGAGCAGCUGUGGGAACCCGUCUUCUCCUCCACCUUUUCUCCCACUAUCUCCCUCGGCCAAAAGUGUCAGUAUAUUGAGCAUCAUAGUCAGAAGGCGGGAGAGGAAAUCGAGGCCCAGAUGACCAUUGAGGAGAGGAAACAGAUGAUUUCAACUCGCGAGGAUGCCUGGAAGACGAAGGGCAAAGGAGCAGCCAAUGACUCCACCCAAUACACAGUGGCUGCACGAAUGGUCAAGAAAGGUCUGGCAGCCUCCUCCUCAGUUAUCAGUCCCAUCCUGUCACCGGUCUCCACCAAACUCAAGAGCAACACGCCUGCCGUCAACAAACCACAAGAGGAAAUUGAGGCCAGGCCAGACAUGGAAUCAGAUAAGAAACUGGACAAGCUGGAGAGCUUCUUGGGACGUCUGAAUAGCAAAGUGGCAGGUUUGCAGGAAACCACCAUAACAGUGACUGAGAAGGCAGUGAAGGAAGUGAUGAAGCUGGAUGAUGAAAUCUUCUCCAAGUUCUACAGACGUGUUGCAGAAUUUCCACGUAUGCCCACCAGGAUCGAGAUCAGUGAAGACUUUGACACCAUCUUCGGUUCUCAGGGUCCCAAGCUGACUUCAGCCAUGGUGCAGCACAAGCGGUCAGUUCGUCCAUCCAGGAAUGUUCAGUCAUCCAAAAACCCUCUGAAGAUGCUGGCAGCCAGAGAGGAUAUCAGACACGAGUACACAGAGCAGAGGCUGAAUGUGGCCCAGGUGGAGAGCAAAAGGAUGAAGGCUGAAAAGGUAAAUAAAACUUCUGAGUACUCCGAGGCUGCUCUGGCAGGUCUGGCCAGUAAAGAAAACUUCAGCAGCGUGAGUCUGCGCAGUGUCAACAUCUCAGAGCAGAUGUCCAACAACAGCGCCGUGCCGUACAAGAACCUCAUGCUGAUGCAGAUCAAAGGUCGUCGCCAUGUCCAGACCAGAUUAGUGGAGCCAAGAGCGUCCUCUCUGAACAGCGGAGACUGUUUCCUGCUGGUCACUCCAGAGCACUGCUUUGUGUGGAUUGGCGAGUUUUCAAACGUCAUUGAGAAAGCUAAGGCAAUAGAUUUGGCCACCUUCAUCCAGACAAAGAAGGACAUGGGCUGCAGGGCAAACGAGGUGCAGACCAUCGAGGAAGGAGUGAACCCACAGGGUCCAGACACCCAGCAGUUCUGGACAGUCCUGGGUGGACAGAUGGCUUACCAACCAACGGGUCCACCCGAGGAGGAUGAGCAGUUUGAGAAUGCCAUCGUGGAAACCAACUGCAUCUUCAGGCUGCUGGAUGAUAAACUGGUUCCUGAUGAUGACGAGUGGGGGAAGGUCCCUCGCAGCUCCCUGCUGGCAUCCAAGGAGGUGUUGGUGUUUGACUUUGGCAGCGAGGUGUAUGUUUGGCACGGUAAAGAGGUGACUCUGCCCCAAAGGAAGGUGGCCUUUCAGCUCGCCAAACACCUGUGGAACGGGACGUUUGACUACACCUGCUGUGACAUCAACCCGCUGGACCCCGGAGGCUGCAACACACUCAUACCCAGGAAAGGCCAGGGCCGUCCUGACUGGGCCAUAUUCGGCCGGCUGACCGAGCACAACGAGACGAUCCUGUUCAAGGAGAAGUUUGUGGACUGGACUGAAGCAAAGUCGCCGACACCAAAGGAAGGUGGCGAGCUUGUACCUGAGCUGAAGGAGGCUCCGGGACGAGAGUGUCGGCCGUACGACGCCACCUUGAUGCUGCCUGUCCUCCAGUCGUCCAUCGCCACCAUUCUGGAUGGGGUGAACGUCGGUCGUGGCUACGGCCCAGUGGAGACAGAAGACCACAUGAGGACUCAAGAGAUGAGCACAGUGUCCGUGGACGUUUGGCACAUUCUGGAGUUUGACUACAGCCGUCUGCCACGCCAGAGCAUCGGGCAGUUCCAUGAGGGAGACGCCUACGUGGUCAAGUGGAAGUACAUGGUCAGCACUUCAGUUGGUCGCAGGCAGAACCCUGAGGCGAGAAGCACCGGGCCGGGGAAGGAGAAGUGCUGCUAUUUCUUCUGGCAGGGUCGGCACUCCACCGUUAGCGAGAAGGGAACGUCGGCACUGAUGACGGUGGAGCUGGACGAGGAGAGAGGAGCACAGGUCCAGGUGCAGCAGGGAAAGGAGCCGCCAUGUUUCCUGCAGUGCUUCAACGGAGGGAUGAUCGUCCACGCUGGCAAGAGGGAGGAGGAAGAGGAGAACACUCAGAGUGAGUGGCGUCUGUACUGUGUGCGUGGCGAGGUGCCGGUGGAGGGCCACCUGCUGGAGGUGGCCUGUCACUGCAGCAGCCUGCGCUCCAGAGCCUCCAUGAUCCUGCUCAACAUCAACAAGGCCGUCAUGUACCUGUGGCACGGCUGCAAGACGCAGCUUCACACUCGCAGCGUCGGAAACACGGCCGCACUGAAGAUCAAAGAACAGUGUCCUCUGGAAGCAGGCCUCCACAGCAGCAGCAAAGUGACCAUCCAUGAGUGUGAUGAGGGAGUCGAGCCUCCGGGCUUCUGGGAGGCUCUGGGGAGAAAAGAUAGGAAGGCCUACGACUGCAUGCUGCAAGAUCCAGGUAAAUUCAACUUCACCCCGCGGCUCUUCCAGCUGAGCAGCACAUCUGGAGAUUUUGUGGCGACUGAGUUCUUCCACCCGUCCAGAGCUCCAGACCUGGUCAGCUCGCUGCCCUUCCUGCAGGAAGAACUGUACAAUGCUCCACAGCCUGCUUUGUUCCUGGUGGAUAACUUCCAUGAGGUCUACCUGUGGCAGGGCUGGUGGCCUCAGGACAGCGAGAGCACCGGCUCGGCUCGUAUCCGCUGGGACGCCGACAGGAAGUGUGCGAUGGAGACAGUGCUGCAGUACUGCAAAGAGAAGAACGAGAAGAAGCCUCAGAAGUCGUACCUGAUCCAUGCCGGUCUGGAGCCACUCACCUUCACCAACAUGUUUCCCAGCUGGGAGCACAGAGAGGACGUGGCUGAGAUCACAGAGAGGGAGGCUGAGGUGUGUAACCAGAUCAUCCUGGUGGAGGACGUGCUGGCCCGACUCUGUCAGAACACCUUCCCUCUGGCUCAGCUUCAGGCCCGGCCACUUCCAGAGGGAGUCGACCCGCUGCGCCUGGAGAUCUACCUGUCCGACCAGGACUUCGAGAAAGCUUUGGAAAUGAAGAGAGAGGAAUACGAACGUCUGCCAGGGUGGAAGCAAGUGAACUUAAAGAAGGCCAAAGGACUGUUUUAACAGAAGACGGCACGUGAAGCGGUUAAAGGUGGACAGUGAGAAGCAGGACGAGGUCACAGACGAACCCGUCGUGUACCUGAAUCUUAAGAAAAACCACGUCGAAGGAUGAAACCGGAGCUGCACUCGCCUCGCUUUAUAGUCAUGUUUUACUUCUCAACUUUGUCAUUACUUAACAAAAUUAAAUUCAAGCGGUUUAACAGCAGGUAAAAACACCUCGCUUUGGUUCAUACGUGGUGUCUGUGUGUCUGAAAUCUCUUCUAAAGUCGCCGCUCAUGGACUCGGGGGGGAAGAAAACACACGAUGUCGGGGUGCCAUGCUGUGGUUGUGUAUAUAAUGUUUGUACGUGCGCGUAACGUUCAUUUGUGGAAAUGUGUGCGUAGGUGCGUUUGUGACUUUGUAUCUAUGUAAAAAAAAACAAAAAAACAAAUCCUGUCGUGUCAGAUGUCGUUGAGUGUCUGGAUGCCGUCAGGCCUCGUAGGAAACUCGUGUUGCUCGACUGCGCUGAACUGCUGAAGUGACUCCGACCCACCGAGCGCCUGAGGAGGAGAUUUGUAAUUUAAGGGUUCAACUUUGAUGAGAAGAGAAACAGCAGCUUGAUGAAUCUGAAUGUAUAGUGCCUUGCUUUUUGUGUACAGUUUAUAUACAGAAAUUCUAGUCUGCAUUUUUAAGACUUUCUUUGUGAUAUAAGACAUAGUGAAUUAAAUCACAAUAAUGCUCAACUCAG